CUUUCUCUAUCAUGGCUCCUUCCAUGGAGGAAGAAGCUCCUUCAAAAUCCAGAGUCACGGUCGUCGGAAGCGGCAACUGGGGAAGCGUCGCCGCCAAGCUCAUUGCCUCUAACACCCUCACCCUUCCCUCUUUCCAUGAUGAAGUACGGAUGUGGGUGUUUGAGGAGACAUUACCAAGUGGAGAAAAGCUCACGGAUGUUAUCAACCGAACCAAUGAAAAUGUUAAAUAUCUACCUGGUAUAAAGCUUGGCAAAAAUGUUAUUGCUGACCCAGAUCUUGAAAACGCUGAGAAGGACGCAAACAUGUUGGUGUUUGUGACCCCACAUCAAUUCAUGGAGGGAAUUUGCAAAAGACUUGUGGGGAAGAUUAAAGGAGAUGUGGAGGCUAUUUCUCUCAUCAAAGGAAUGGAGGUCAAAAUGGAAGGCCCAUGCAUGAUCUCCACACUCAUCUCUCAACAAUUGGGCCUUAAUUGUUGUGUUCUCAUGGGGGCAAACAUUGCCAAUGAGAUUGCUGUUGAGAAAUUUAGUGAAGCGACGGUUGGAUACAGAGAAAGCAGAGAGAUUGCAGAGAAAUGGGUUCAACUGUUUAGCACUCCCUAUUUCAUAGUCACAGCUGUCCAAGAUGUGGAAGGAGUGGAAUUAUGUGGGACUCUGAAAAAUGUUGUGGCCAUAGCAGCAGGUUUUGUAGAUGGAUUGGAGAUGGGAAAUAACACAAAGGCUGCAAUAAUGAGAAUCGGUCUGAGAGAGAUGAAGGCGUUCUCCAAAAUGUUGUUUUCGUCCGUUAAGGACAGCACCUUCUUUGAGAGCUGUGGUGUAGCGGAUCUCAUAACAACAUGCUUGGGAGGAAGAAACAGGAAAGUAGCUGAUGCUUUCGCAAGGAAUGGAGGGAAAAGAUCAUUUGAUGAGCUAGAAGCAGAAAUGUUGCAGGGCCAGAAAUUACAGGGUGUCUCAACAGCAAGAGAGGUUUAUGAGGUUCUGAGCCACCGAGGAUGGUUAGAGUUAUUUCCACUCUUUGCAACAGUGCAUGAGAUCUGCGUUGGCCGUCUCCCACCCUCAGCCAUAGUUGAACACAGUGAGCGCAUACCGAAACUAUCUCUUGUAGAAAAAUCUACCUAAUGCUCUUUUUUGACUGUUCAUGGAAACAAGGGGGAAAAAAAAUAACACCGUGGUACAGUUAAUAUAAGUAAUUUUCUUAAGAAAGAAACAACCAUUGGUUCACACCAGUCAGCAACAUGUUCAGAAGUUGUAUUGCAGGAUCCAAAGGAUUAGAAAAGCUCUUUCUUGCCCAUGAAGGCAUCUAAAAUUAACACGUUAGAAUUGUAAUCCUCCGUUUUCAUGCAGCAUGCGAAGGCAAAAUAAUCAAUGCAUGUUAUUUAAAUAAGCUUUGAUAUAAUUAAAGACGACUAUAGAUUUCCAAUAUAUUCUCCAAUUUAAAUUAGCUGAGACUAAGUAAAGA